AAGCUGGUUUGCCAAUCGCCAAUAAAACACCAAAGAAGAAGAAAUAGGGAAGUGAGCGUGAAAAUCACCGGAAGUUGUCAUAUUGAGCACUGAAAGAGAAGCAGAGAAACGUUCAAACGUGACCACGACGAGCAGAGAAAAUACCAGUUAUACCAAGACUCCUUGUGUUAUCAUGGCUGAUGAUGAAGGGUUUGUCGUCCGUGUUCGGGGUUUGCCUUGGUCGUGCUCUGUAGAAGAAGUGUCCAGGUUUUUUUCAGGCUGCAAAAUUGCCAACAAUGGAACAGCCAUCCACUUUACAUACACACGCGAAGGCAGACCGAGUGGAGAAGCAUUUGUGGAGUUGGUUUCAGAGGAAGACCUGAAAUUUGCCGUCAAAAAAGACAGAGAAACAAUGGGGCAUAGAUAUGUGGAAGUAUUCAAAUCAAACAAUGUGGAAAUGGACUGGGUUAUGAAGCACACUGGUCCAAACUGUCCAGAGACCGAGGGAGAUGGACUGGUCAGAUUGCGUGGGCUUCCUUUUGGAUGUAGCAAGGAAGAGAUUGUGCAGUUUUUCUCAGGGUUGGAAAUCGUGCCAAAUGGGAUAACAUUGCCGGUGGACUUCCAGGGGAGGAGUACGGGGGAGGCCUUCGUGCAGUUUGCUUCACAGGAAAUAGCUGAAAAGGCUCUAAAGAAACACAAGGAAAGAAUAGGGCACAGGUAUAUUGAAAUCUUUAAGAGCAGCCGAGCUGAAGUGCGGACACAUUAUGAACCCCCACGUAAAGGCAUGGGCAUGCAGAGACCCGGGCCUUACGACCGGCCCAGCGGAGGAGGCCGAGGCUACAAUGGCAUGAGUCGUGGGGGGUCCUUUGAUCGGGUGCGACGUGGUGGGUACAGUGGAGGAGCCUCAGAUGGACGUUAUGGUGAUGGUGGUAAUUUUCAGAGUACCACAGGACAUUGUGUUCAUAUGAGGGGGCUCCCUUACCGGGCAGCAGAGCCUGACAUCUACAAUUUUUUCUCUCCUCUGAACCCGGUGCGUGUGCACAUUGAGAUUGGGCCAGAUGGGCGGGUAACAGGUGAAGCUGACGUGGAAUUUGCAACACAUGAAGAUGCAGUGGCUGCAAUGUCAAAGGACAAAGCAAACAUGCAACACCGUUAUGUGGAGUUAUUCUUAAACUCCACAGCAGGGAGCAGUAAUGGGGGCUACGGCGGGCAGAUGAUGGGGGGAAUGGGAAGUCGUUCGUCAGUCCAGAUGGUCCCACUCCAGUCUUACAAAAGAAACCAGUCGUCUUAUGGACAUGGAGGGCAGCAGAUGGGUGGAGGCUACACUGGAGGAUACAGCAACCAGGGAGGCUACAAUGACUACAAUAGCCAGGGUGGAAUGAACAACAGUUAUUAUGGCAGCAGCCGUGGAUCAGUCAGCAUGAAUGGCAUGGGAGGGGGCUGGGGCAUGUAGACGCACCUGAAGGAAUAUAUUUUUAAUGUUGGGUCUUCUUGCUGAGGCCAUCUGGAUUUUGUUUUUUGAUGACGACUAUGGGAAGAAUCAGAUUCAUUCCUUGCCCACCUGUACUCUGAAGCUCAGUGUUGGAAUCAGUAUUAGGUUUCCUGCAAUUCCUGAGUUGACUGUCAACCGCUGAGUUCAAGUCAUGGUGAUUGUCCAUUAGCCCAAUGCUUGUAAAUAUCCUCCAGAUAAAUCGUUCACUUCAGAGACUAUAGAGCACCAGCCUCGCAUGGCACGAGGUGCUGCAACUCCACUUUUUUAUAAUGCGGAAAGAACUUUGUUGAAACUGAUUUUUUAAAAUAAACUGGAAAAUGUUUUUCUUUUCUUGUCUGGCUACUUUACAAGAGGCAUAUUUUCAUUGUAGAUGUCACAAUCCGCUUUAUUAGUUUGUCUUUGAUUUAUCAUGUGGUAAAUAAACAUUCACCAAUGUGUUGUCUCUG